GACCGUGCGAUGUUUGGAUCUGUUUGGCGAGUUCUAAGUGCGGGUGGUUGGAGUUCGAAGUGUCCAACAGGGCGAAGCUUGAGUGAUCUGUACCGCUAUAUCCCUCCCGGUGGUGACUCGAAUGAAACAGAGGGUAUUGAUUAUUUUCUGGGUGAACGAGCGCUUCUGGAGCACUAUCGGCGGACAUUGGUAGCGGAGGAUGGUAAUACGGAUGGUGCCCUGUCCAAGCGACCCGAUGACGAAAUUGAUGCUGUGGCAAUGAAAGAAGAGUUGAUUCGCCGAGCACAUGCGGCUGCCGAAAAAGUUGUUGAUGCUAGCGUAGCAUUUUCACCGGCUGAUGAGGAGUGGAUGCCGCUCAGUUUGUAUCGCGACGUUGGCGCAGCAUUUUUGAUUGGUGUGGUGACUCGCUACAGCCUGGUAAGCGAAAAAAAUGCUGACAAUGUUAGCGUUCCU